GCUUCGCUCUCUCAUGUCGUCUAUUAUUUGUCUCAAAACAAAGACAAACAACAGAUUCUGAGGGAAGAACUCAACGCUUUGGACACAGACUUCACGUAUGAAAACCUAAACCAAUGCCAGUAUUUGAAUGCAGUCAUCGAUGAGACCCUACGACUGGCCCCACCUUUGAGUAGUGUUCAACGGGAAUGCAUUCAAGACUAUCAACUGGGAACUACCGGUAUAACAAUACCGGCGGGAACUAACAUAGAGAUACAGCCAUUUGUCAUACAUAGAGACCCGGAGUAUUUUGUUGACCCUGAUGAAUUUAAACCCGAAAGAUUCAUUGACGUAAAGCACCCGCCGUUUGCGUUCGUACCCUUCGGGUGCGGCCCUCGACAGUGCGUUGGUAUGAGGUUUGCCUUAAAUGAGGUGCGAAUGUGUAUCGCAAAGAUUGUACAUAAGUAUGAGUUUAGUCUCGCCCCUGGAUUUAAGAUUGAUUAUUUCACG